AUGGCAAUCGUUCUAUAUGGACCAGCGCUAGCACUUCACGCUGUGACUGGAUUUACCCUGUGGGGGUCUGUAUUGUCAGUUGGGAUGAUUGCUUCCUUUUACACAUCUUUGGGUGGUAUGAAAGCUGUAUUGUGGGCCGACACCUUCCAGUCCAGCCUCAUGAUUUCCGGUUUAAUAAUGGUACUAGUGAUGGGAAGCCGUCAAGUUGGUGGUAUUCAAAACGCCAUUGCUGUUGCUGAUAUCAACCAUCGACUUUAUUACAGCGAUUUCACUUUCGAUCCACACGUUCGACAUUCAAUCUGGACUUUUAUGAUUGGUGGAGGAUUGUUGUGGGCGGGAAUCUACGGAACUAAUCAGGCUCAAGCACAGAAAGCGUUUUCCCUGCCAACGCUGAGAAAAGCACAGAUUGCCAUUUGGUUGAAUUUUCCUGGAUUGAUAUUCUUCUUGUUUCUUUGUGGAUUCCUUGGUAUCAUCAUGUACGCCUUUUACAGUUCCUGUGAUCCAAAGUCCUUCUCAUUGAUCAGCGCAUCUGACCAGUUACUUCCGUUACUUGUAAUGGACACAUUAGGUGAUAUCCCUGGAGUGCCUGGAAUGUUUUUAUCGACAAUAUUCAGCGGUACUUUAAGGUCAUGCAUUCUUUCUUUCUUUCUUUCUUUCUUUCUUUCUUCUGUUCAUUAUCUAUCUAUCUAUCUAUCUAUCUAUCUAUCUAUCUAUCUAUCUCAUUCCGUUCAUAUCUAUCUAUCUAUCUAUCUAUCUAUCUAUCUAUCUAUCUAUCUCAUUCUGUUUCUAUCUAUCUCAUUCUGUUUCUAUCUAUCUAUCUAUCUAUCUAUCUAUCUAUCUAUCUAUCUAUCUAUCUCAUUCUGUUCAUCUCUGUCCAUCUAUCUCAUUGUAUUUCUAUCUAUCUAUCUAUCUCAUUCCGUUCAUAUCUAUCUAUUUAUCUAUCUAUCUAUCUCAUUCUGUUUCUAUCUAUCUCAUUCUAUCUAUCUAUCUAUCUAUCUAUCUAUCUAUCUAUCUAUCUAUCUAUCUAUCUAUCUCAUUCCGUUCAUAUCUAUCUAUCUAUCUAUCUAUCUAUCUAAUCUAUCUCUAUCUAUCUCAUUCUGUUUCUAUCUAUCUCAUUGUAUUUCUAUCUAUCUAUCUAUCUAUCUAUCUAUCUAUCUAUCUAUCUAUCUCAAUCUUUCCGUAGCGACUGGACUGAAUUCAAUGUCGGCCGUGAUUCUGCACGAUUUCCUGCGCCCAGUAUACAUCACAAAUAUUUCCGAGGAAAGUACCACCAGAUUUCUGAAGAUUAUUGUCUUAGGACUUGGAAUCUUGUCCCUGAUUGCUGCCUACGGAGCAACACGAAUGAGCGGAAUGCUACACACGUCACUUGCUCUGUAUGGAAUUCUCAGCGCCCCGAUGCUUGGUGUUUAUACCCUGGGGAUGAUGGUACCCUGGGCGAAUACUUGGGGUGCUUACGCCGGCUUAUCCUGCAGUAUCGGUCUAAUGUCAUGGAUCUUGUUGGGCCAGCAUGCAGAUUCCCCACCUCGGGAACACACGCCGUAUCAGUUAAGUACUUGCACCUGGAAUGCGAGCCUGGCUAAUCACACAAUGCUGAGCCAUGAAGGUUUGCGGACGGUGGCGAACAACCUGAGCGUGAUACAUUCUCCCUUCACUUAUGGUGAACGAUCUGGCUUGACCAGCUUGUAUAGCUUGUCAUAUCUUUGGUAUAAUCUGACUGCUAUCCUUGUCGUCUUUAUCAUUGGAAUUCCAACAAGCUUCCUUACCGGUCCUUCCGAUCCACGAAAACUGGAUGCCCGCCUGAUUUGCCCAAUAUUUGAUGUGAUUUGUCCUUACUUACCGGAAUCAGUUAGAAAAACACUGCAUUUCGGCGUACGACACCAACACGAAUACGAGGACGACGCAGAGGAAAAUGAAGAAACUACAAGAAAUGGAAGAAGCAAUAGAUACGGUAGCCCGCUCAGUUACGGCAAUUACAACACGCCCAGACAUCACGAGGUGUCUGGACAACCUUCGACACACUUUCCUCCUUGGCUAGUUCCUUUACCUCCUCCAUGUUUUGAUGCUCCUGAAGCAGCUGAAGUACCUCUGCCGUCAGUUUCUCUUCGUGCUCGUCGGGAAAGGGAGAGAAUCUAUAGCGUUGGUAGCAAUAUCUAUCUAUCUAUCUAUCUAUCUAUCUAUCUAUCUAUCUAUCUAUCUAUCUAUCACAGUCUGUUCAUUAUCUAUCUAUCUAUCUAUCUAUCAACUUUUUGUUCAUUAUCUAUCUAUCUAUCUAUCUAUCUAUCUAUCAUCUAUCUAUCUAUCUAUCUAUCUAUCACAGUCUAUUUCUAUCUAUCUAUCUAUCUAUCUAUCUAUCUCUAUCAACUUUUUUGUUCAUUAUCUAUCUAUCUAUCUAUCUAUCUAUCUAUCUAUCUAUCUAUCAACUUUUUGUUCAUUAUCUAUCUAUCUAUCUAUCUAUCUAUCUAUCUAUCUAUCUAUCUAUCUCUCACACUCUGUUCAUUAUCUAUCUAUCUAUCUAUCUAUCUAUCUAUCUAUCUAUCUAUCUAUCUAUCUAUCUCUCACACUCUGUUCAUUAUCAUCUAUCUAUCUAUCUAUCUAUCUAUCUCUCACAUCUAUUCAUUAUCUAUCUGUCUAUCUAUCUAUCUAUCAACUUUUUUUAUCAUUAUCUAUCUAUCUAUCUAUCUAUCUAUCUAUCUAUCUAUCUAUCACAGUCUGUUCAUUAUCUAUCUAUCUAUCUCUCACACUCUGUUCAUUAUCUAUCUAUCUAUCUAUCUAUCUAUCUAUCUAUCUAUCUAUCUAUCUAUCAACUUUUUGUUCAUUAUCUAUCUAUCUAUCUAUCUAUCUAUCUAUCUAUCUAUCUAUCUAUCACAGUCUGUUCAUUAUCUAUCUAUCUAUCUAUCUAUCUAUCUAUCUAUCUAUCUAUCUAUCUAUCUCUCACACUCUGUUCAUUAUCUAUCUAUCUAUCUAUCUCUUUCUCGCUGUAUUUUUCUCUCUAUCUCUUUUUCUCUGUCUUUUAUUGUAUCACCUUCUAUCGCUAACUUUCACAUUUUCUGCCUCUUUCCUGUUUUUCUGUCUCUUUCACUUUAUUUCUCUUUCCCUCGCUUUCUCGAAUUUUUUUUAAUUCUCUCUCUCUUCCUCUUUCCCUGUUAUUUGCUGCAUUUUUUUUACUCUCAUGACAGAGACAAAAGAAGUGUUGUUUUCAAAUGCCUUUGA